UUUUUUUUUCAAAUGUUACCAUGUGUGGCAGUCAAUCACAAACAAUAACUUCUGAUCCGAUUUACGACAAUACACUUAUUGAAGAGUUUGAUGACGACUGGUAUGACUCUCUCUGUGAUGCGCAUUGUCACUUACAUGAUGAUCAGCAACUUGUCAAUGAUAUCCCAAUAGUACGUACUGGUCAUUUGACUUUGAUGGGUGUACGAUUGGACGAUUGGACUUGUGUGGAGGAAGUGACGGCAGCAUGCAACAAUAAGAAGAAACAAAAGGCAGUUCCAUGUUUUGGCAUUCAUCCUUGGUAUACCUAUCGACUAGAGACAGAGGAUAAGAAGAGAACAGAUGAUCAUUAUCAAAGCAUUCUAGAAGGACCUGAUGAUACUGAAAAACAAGAACUCAUCUCACAUUUGCCACCACCCACACCUUUUGAAGAAUGGUAUCAUCAACUCAAACAACAUUUAUUACGGCAUCCUACGGCUUUAUUAGGCGAAGUUGGACUGGAUAGGGCGGCACGAUUACUCCCCAAAGGCGCGAUUGAAUGGCACGGUGUCAAACCAACGAACGUUAUCUGUCAUAUUGAUCAUCAAUACGCUAUUUUGCAACAACAAAUACAGUUAGCUGUGGAUCUGGAUCGAGCAGUUAGUAUUCAUUGUGUACAAAGCCAAGGACAUCUAUUGAAAUUACUACAAUGGACCGGACGGUAUAUCAAACAAGGAAGCAAAUCAACAGAAUUACGUGUAUGUUUACAUUCAUUUGGCGGAAAAGCAGCAAGUUUGAAUCAAUUUUUAAAAUUACCUCACAUCGUUGUCUAUGUUUCUUUUUCUAUAGCCAUCAAUGCAAGAUUGGGGUGGUCCAAGCUCUCUCAACUUAUUCAAACUAUCCCUGACGAUCAUUUACUCAUUGAAUCUGAUUAUAAUACCCCUCAAGGUGUGGAUCAAGCUAUGGUGCAUAUAGCUUCUUUGGUUGCACGUGCAAAAAAUUGGUCUCUCCAUGAUACUGUGCUUCGAACUGAACGGAACUGGCUCCGAUUUACUGGUUUGGAUGUAUAUAAUAAAUGAUGUAGUUAGAAUAAAUUAGACUAGUGUUUAUCGUAUUUAAUUGAAUAUUGAUAUCUCCUUUUUUUUCCAAUAUUGAUGAUGAUGAUUUGAUUUUAUUAUUUGUAAAUAAAUAAAUAAG